CACAUCACCACCUUGUGGAAAGUCCCUGACUGUCUGCGAGGAGCCAGUCAAACAAACAGCAGUGAGAAUUUCCUUGAUGAAUGCGGGAGAUUAACAUUUACUUCGCUUUUAAACCUCUGCGGUUUAAACCUGUGAUUUUUUUUUUUUACUUGUCAUAUUUUGGUGCCAAACGAGUUCAUGUUUCCCUGCGAGUGCUACCUUAGUGUUAGCAGACUAGCUCUUUGUGUGGCUAGCUGCUAGCUGAGGGGAUGUGUUGUUGUUGAGCUGUGCAGCCCUCCCGUCGUCUGGGAGAGGAGACUCAUCAGCUGUUUAUGGAAAACGCCUUCUCGACACUUUCUCAUCCACUGACGUUAUAUGUGAAAGUUGCGUGUGGCACCCUGCUGUCAAACCUUUCAGGUUAGUAAAUCUACACCGAGAAAGAGGGGACAGUUUGACUGGACGAGGAAGGAGAUGGGAAACUGUCUGAAAUCUCCGACCUCGGAUGAUAUUUCUUUGCUACAUGACUCUCAGUCGGACCGGGCCAGCUACGGAGACGGUACUGAUGCCGACCAGGAGCCACCGCCCCCCUAUCAGGAACAGAUUCAUGUACCUGUCUACCAUCCUACACCCAGCCAAGCCCGGCUGGCCACCCAGCUGACGGAGGAAGAGCAGAUUCGCAUCGCCCAGAGGAUCGGACUCAUCCAGCACCUCCCUAAGGGGGUGUACGACCCAGGGCGAGACGGCUCUGAGAAGAAGAUCAGAGAGUGUGUCAUCUGUAUGAUGGACUUUGUGUAUGGAGACCCCAUCCGGUUCCUGCCUUGCAUGCACAUCUACCACAUGGACUGUAUAGACGACUGGCUGAUGAGAUCCUUCACCUGCCCCUCCUGCAUGGAGCCUGUGGACGCAGCGCUGCUCUCCUCUUACGAGACCAACUGACAAACAUAAAUACACACUCACAUCACCCCACAGACGCCUGUGGAACAGACACACGUACAUCAUGCACAAUAUGGACGUACACACAAAUGCUAUCUUGCUAACCUGCAUCCUGGAUUAGUAAGGUGGUGAUUUAAAGUGUGUGUGUGUGUGUGUGUGUGUGUGUGUGUGUGUGUGUGUGUGUGUGUGUGUGUGUGUGUGUGUGUGU